GUGGGAAGAAACAAAAGCACUCAACUUACUUUCGUGAUGGACACUCUAGACAAGGCGGGGGGAGAUUACCACACGAGUUACUUCCCCCAGCCCACGUACCUUUCCUCUCGGCGCUAUUACCCUCCAUUAUAAUGGAUUGUCUUACUCCGUGUUUGACUUUAGGAGUUCCCGUUUCCACGAGAUUUUUUAUCCUGGGGAAGACCGGAAGUCUCUAUUUCAACAAGGCCGGCUCCCUGCUCGACGCCGUCACGGAACUGACGUCAUUCCUGGGUCGUAUGCCGGAACUUCCGGAAUGGCUGCUGGGCGGGGCGGUGUUGGGUGUUCAAGGCGGGACUGAUACGAUGCUGUCCAGGUACCGACAAGCCAAGGCGUUCGACAUCCCUGUGGCUGGAAUCUGGAUCCAAGACUGGUCAGGCAAGGUGGACAUGGAGUUUGGUCAGAGGGUCAACUGGGACUGGAGAUGGGAUCCACGCUGGUACCCUGACUUAGACAAAGUCAUAAAGAAUCUCAAACAAGAUGGCGUCCGUGUCUUGGCCUAUAUCAAUCCUUACCUGAGGCAAAAUGGCGACAUGUUUAAAGAGGCUGAAGCGCUAGGGUACCUGGUGAGGAACGGGACGGGUGACGUGUACCUGCAGAGGUCAGUGACUCUGAUGUUCGGGUCGGUGGACUUGACCAACCCAUCCGCUUACAGCUGGUACAAAAACAUAAUCAAGACAAAUCUGAUUGGCCUUGGAAUGGGCGGAUGGAUGGCCGAUUUCGGCGAGUACCUACCCGUGGACGCAGUUCUGCACGAUGGCCGAUCUGGACUGGAGGGCCACAAUGAGUGGCCCGUUCUUUGGGCCAAACUGAACAGAGAAGCGCUGGAGGAGACGGGGCAGUUAGGGGAAAUUGUUUUCUUUACCCGAGCGGGAUUUUCCGGCACCAGCAAGUUCACCACACUGGUCUGGAACGGGGACCAGAACGUGGACUUCUCCCCCGCCGACGGGGUCCGCUCCAGCGUGUACGGCACCCUGAGCCUGGCCGUGAGCGGGGUGGGGCUGUCCCACUUCGACAUAGGGGGGUACACGACCCUGGCUGACCUUGGCUUGACCCGGAGCGGGGAGCUGCUGCUCAGGUCAGCCGAGAUGGCGGUGUUUACACCCGUGUUCAGGACACAUGAGGGAAACCAACCCAAAGCAAACGCUCAGUGGUACAACAACAACACCAUCUCCUCGUUUGCCAGAUUGGCCAAACAAUUUGCUUUAUUGGCAGACUACAGAAAGUUUGUCGUACAGCAAGUCAGUCGGGCCGGCGUCCCCGCACAACUUCCGGUCAGUGUCGUGUACGAAGGCUCCCCCUCCCCGUACAGCCAGUUCCUGUUUGGGUCGGACCUGCUUGUCGCCCCUGUCUGUCAGGAGAACGUCCAGGACCUGUGGGUCUCGCUGCCUGUGAGUCGAGGCUAUGACUGGGUACAUCUGUGGACACGGACGUCAUACACAGGUGGGCAGACGAUCCUUGUGCCUGUACCUCUGGGUCAACCGGCCGUCUUCUACCGGUCAGACUCGGCCUUCAGGCAGGUCUUUGAUAGUCUGACCACAACGACACACACCAAGAGGUUGGCACCAGAACUUGGCUUCCUGCCGAGUCCAGGGCGGAAAUGGCGUCACAGCUGACUGGCGGAGUUCUGGAGGAUGACGAUACACUUGGCUGAAUGGUUGAUGACGCGCCUGAUCAAACUGACGUCAUACAUGGUGGAUGGGCACGACUUCCAGAACCAUUGAAUCACCUGAACGUUGCUUUAAACGACUGUCAUUGAAACUCUACUACUACUUGUUUAUCAGUACCAUUUUUUAAUGUGUUGUGAACAAUUUGAAAAAAAAAACAAAUGUGUAUAACAAGGUGAAAAGUAUUCACUUUACUAAGGAGAUUUUAACUGAUAAGUUAGAAAUGUAAUACUAUAGUAGUCUAGAUCUUAAUUUUAGAUCUUCGAGUGGAUAAAAAUUGACAUUAAUUUUGAACUGUUGACUUGAUUCAGUUGUAUAAAAAGAAGUUAUAAAAUUUCAUGAAAAUAACUAAUCCAAAUAUUUUAUUUUAAUGUGCGCCACAUUUUUAUUUGUAUUGUUUUC